GUUUUUUAUGUGUUUUUUUUUAUUUCUUAGAAUCAGAUGGAGCUCGUGAAGGAAUUCUACGAGCCAAUCACACCUCAAGUCCUAGCAAGUGUGCAGUAUAAUGCAGAACAAGAGUACGAGUUCUCUCGACGAGAUGACUCGUUGAAAACUUCUGGCGCGUCAGUCAUGGGAUGGAGCGAUUUCCGCAAGAUAGAGGAGUCAUCAGUCAAGUUUGUGCUCUCCAAAGGGUUCCCGAAUGUACGGGCGCUACAUUUGGUGAACUUCACUUGGGAUACGCUGUCGACUCCUGCAACCUACGCACGGUUCUUCAAUCCUGCAAUCCCAAUCAAGGUGCAAGUCCUGCAGGUGGUUAACCGCGACGCUCUGGUGAUUCAUCGUGUGCUCUUUAACCCACACACCCAGAGUUCAUCCAAUUCGCUGGAGUUGCUGUGGCGUGUUCGACUGGGAGAUGAAUACGUGGUUUUCGACACAGCCUUGCAACACAACGCCGUUCAGCAAUGUCUCGGUGCAUCUUACAAGUGGACUCAAAUGACGACGUCGCUGGGCUUUGCUCCAUUAGACGUCAGUCGCGACAGUGGCUGCGUGCUCCGUCAUGGUGGUUGGAUACGCACCUCCAUCACCAACGUCAAGUAUUGGUUCAUGGAGAUGUUCUUCAUGGCGUUGCGUUUCGAGAGCACCAUGGUAGCACCAGUAUUCUCACUGCCAUCUGAGGAAUGA